AUGCCCUCUGGCACGCAGGUUCGCAAACGUCCAUGCUGCAUGCCUCAACGCAACGGCGCAGCGGGAGCAGGGCGGCGACAGAAUGGAUCCACGUUGGCUGUCAGUCGCGUGCCCAGUGAGCGCGAAGAAUCCAGGAUCAAGUUCCUAGCGAAACGAGGGAGGGAACCGUCAGCCGUGGGCGGCGGGCAGUGCAACACGGUGCUGUGCCAGUUUACUGGUGAAUGGCAGCAAGCAAGCAAUGGGCGUACGGGUUUCGCAUCUGUCCAGACGAAAACCGAGCCUCAGACAGCAUUUGGUGAUGAGAAGGAUUUCGAAGCAAGAACUACCUUCACAACAAUGGCAAUUGGUGUGACUUUGAUAAUGACUUGCAUUCCUGCUGAAGGCGUCGACGAGUGGCGAUGCGGCCGGGCAUCCGGUGCCCGCGGGCCCGUCGUGGUUUCCAUCAGGGCUCAACGCACACGCGCCUACUUGAUCCUUCCUCAUCAAGCAGCGACAUGCCAGAGUCUUGGGUACUCUCUCCACCCCAAGAAUUACUUGGCCGCUACUGUGCUCUCACCAGCCCAGUUGUCAACAUGCCUGGCUGAAAUUGGUGGUUUCGGGAAUCUCGUGAUCGCCGAAUAG